AUGAAUCCAACAGCAUUUCUCUGUGGCUUUGAAGAAAAAGGACUGAGACAUGACAGCCUAGACUAUCACUUCAGUAAAGAGAAAAAAAAGAUAUUUUCUUUCUGUGAUGUCUGCAAUAUACAGUUGAACUCAGCAGCACAGGCUCAGGUUCAUUACAAUGGGAAGUCUCACUUGAAAAGAGUGAAGCAGCUGAAUAAUGGGAAACUACCUACAAAUACGUCCACAGGCACUUUAUUGGCAGGUUCCAACACAGGUGGUACGUGCCAUACUGCAACACUCCCCACCCUCGUCCGAACACCUGCACUCGUGAUGCAGCCCCCUUUGGAUGGCAAACCGUAUGUGUCCUUUCCAGUGGAUGGCAGCUCGACUGUUGGACUCUUCCCCAAUUUUAACACUAUGGAUCCAGUGCAAAAAGCCGUCAUAAACCACACGUUUGGUGUGUCACUCCCCACAAAGAAGAAGCAAGUCAUAUCCUGUAAUGUCUGUCAACUUCGCUUUAACUCUGACAGCCAGGCCGAGGCCCACUACAAAGGAAGUAAACAUGCCAAGAAAGUCAAAGCGCUAGAAGCAACGAAAAAUAGACCCAAAGCUGGUGCUUCCAAGAACAGUGCAAAGGCUAAUACGAAUGGCUCCUCCACACCGGUCCCGGCCAGCAUCACUGACAAAUCAGAAGACAGAGCAAAACUGAAAGCUAACGACUCUGGUCAGCUUCCAAAUACUGAAGUGGUCACUUUUAUAGCUGAGUCUAUAACAACAGAAGCUGUCACAACCACAGCAACACGGUCAUCAUCAGCUUCCUCCAGUCGUACAAAUGGAACACCCCAUGCCAUUUUGGAAUCAGAGGAAGAGAAAGCCAAAAACUUGCUUUAUUGUUCUUUAUGCAAAGUUGCUGUGAACUCCCUGUCACAGCUAGAAGCACAUAACACUGGUGAGUAUCUGCCAGGAUGUGUGCCACGUUUCAUUUUCAUACGAUUAGCUCCAUCCAAUAAAAUCCUUGAUGAACAUUUUGUUUUAAAAUUUCAGCACAUUUCCAGCAGAAGACACAAGGACAGAGUUGCAGGAAAGCCAACAAAACCAAAAUAUAGUCCUUAUAACAAACUACAGCGUAGUCCAAGUAUUCUAGCAGCAAAACUUGCGUUCCAGAAAGAUAUGAUUAAACCCUUGACACCUGCUUUUCUUUCAUCUCCUCUUGCCGCGGCUGCCGCCGCCGCCGCCGCCGCCGCCGUAUCUACUACUUUGACUCUUCCAACCCGUCCUACAGCUGCUUUGUUCCAGGCUCCCGCAAUACCCACAGCCCUUCUCCGGGCAGGACCUGGCCCAAUCCGAGCGACUCCCACAUCUAUUCUAUUUGCACCCUACUGAUGUUUCCAGUCUACAGAAGGUCCCUAUGGACCACCGUUAGGAAAAGAGGCAGAAGGAAGUACACCAGCUUUCUGUAUAAUUUGUAAACAACUGGGUUUCGAAAGCGCUGUGCUUGAUCAUUCCUCAAGAAAACAGGCUGUGGGAUUCUUCGUUGGCAGGUGCUGCAAUCUAGAGGACAUCAGUUUGUUGCUGUUUGAGGUUUUCUUUUAUCUAAAAAAAUAAAUAAGCAGGUCAGUGAUUUACAGGAAGAAAAUACUGGUGCACAAAAUACAUCAAUUAUUUUUAAGUGGACAAAUGACCUGCGUUUUAGAGCAACGAAUGUGGAAUAUGUUCCUGGUCUGACUUGAAAACCAGAAUCUUCCUCCUUCAUGCAGAUGUACACAGGUCUCUGGAAACCAUCUGGACAGAUUCUGGUGUACAAAGAAAGCUAAGUAAAACAAGUGGUUAGAGGACCGAUGACAUCUCCAUAGCGGACUGUGAGGUUUUCUUUCCCGUGUGCUUCUGUUGCUAGGGCUUGUGUCUUAUUUUAGGCCUCAGUAUGAGUGUACCUUGUGUAGGACUUGAGUUUGUUCCCUUGUUUCAUUUUAAACUAUUUUCGUUGCUGUGGAAAUGUUUGGAAGCAGACCGUCUUAAACGCUUUUCUUUUUAAAAAUUAUUUGUGUCUUUAACAUUUUAUUUAGAAACAUUCAGAAUACAAAAGCCAUAUAUCAGAUAGCUAAGAUUUAUUGUAGUACCAUUUUCAUUUAACUUAUUUUGUUUGUUGUUGCUUUUCUUCUCCUCCAUCCUUACUGAUGUUGAGCAGCUUUAUCAAAAAACAAUUCCAUCAUGUAUAUGUUUACUAUAGCUCAUUGUUUCUCAAGACAAUGGUGCAGUGUAUUUAUUCUCAUAUAUAUAUAUAUAGUCAUUUUAAAAUUACUUUCCUAUAUAAUGAUGCUGCAUUUACUUGUGGCUCCCCAAUGCAAUAAUGUACAGAAGAUUAUAUAUAUAAUAUAAUUACUUGUCUCUUCUCUUUAAAGAAUAUAUAAUUGUCUUAACCUUCCUAUUCCCGCCUCCAUUUCAUAAUGGUGAUGAAGGCACCUCAUCUGUUGUUUGAAACAAUGAGGGUGCUCUCUGAAAACACGUUUACCUGCAAUCUGUAAAGAAUAAAAUAUAUGUGUAUUUUUUAAAAGCGAAUUUUUAAUAAAA